CGGGGAAAAGGGGCAGCUCGUGGGACCGCUGUACGCAAACAGGAUUGUGCGCCUGCGCACAGAGCAUAGCAACGCUCAGGGAGAGCAGAGAAGACGAGGGAUCGUUGAUGCGCAUUUUGGGGAAGAAAAGAGAUAAAACACUCUGAACCGAUUCACAGGAACCAUGGGGAGUGUGUUCCUGCCGGCAGACGCGGCCCACUCGGUGCUGCGACGGCUGCGCAGGGCCAACUUCAUGCUCGAAGAGAUGAAGCAAGGUAACAUCCAGCGGGAGUGCCGUGAGGAGAUCUGCACGUAUGAGGAGGCCCGCGAGGCUUUCGAGAACGAUGAGAAGACGAGACGGUUCUGGGAGGAGUAUGUCCGGGAGAGCAGCCCAUCUGGAGGACUGGAGACAGUGGUUGGAGGAGUCCACUCCCUCUACUUGAUCGUGCCAUUGCUGCUGGUUGUGUUCAUCAUCGCUGCCGUCGCCAUCACUGUGUGGCGCUGCCACUCCCGCAAGCGCUCACAACGCAGCCCCAGCCUGGGACACUCUCAUCACGAUCAUGUCCUGUCAGUGGUCUCUAUGGACCACUGGGGGAGGGAUUAUCACCAUGGUGACCAAUCAGAACUCAGUGUCCACAGCAGUCCAGCUUAUCCAGGCUCAGAGCUCACAUCAGGGAGAGGAAGCGCUGGAGAUCCGCCACCAUCUUAUGAGGAGGCUGUGGGCCAUACAGACGUCCAAAUCGAGACGGAGCCUCCUCCUCAGUAUGACGAUAUAGUCAACACCAGCUCUACUAAUGUCAACAGUGGCCAUGGGAAGUAAACCUGUUUCUCAUUACCAACUCAAGAAAAGUCCUGACCUACACGAAGACCUUCUUAUCAUUCAGCAAAGCCACUGAUGUGGUACCACCAGCCUUGCCCAUUCCACACACAGAAACACUAAUAACUGUUUGAUCAAUAGACUAAUGCAAUCUUUGCUGAGCCAGCGCUGUUAAAAGUUUGCACUAACCUUUCUCCAGUGAGGUGAAGUGGUAGCAGGAAGGAGCAAAUGAUAUUGCCAUACCAAAACCAAACAACACCUCUGCUGAUAUUCCUGGAGUUGCUGUCCCACUGUAGCAAAUUAUUUAACUCAGCAGGCAUAACAAAUGAUGCAUGUAGCGUAAAGAAAAAAAGGGCUCCAAUUGCCAUAAUGAAGGACGACUUCUGAAAGUGUAUAUGUGGUUGGACCGAUGCUUUAUUGAAGAUUGGUGCAAAUGUUUUUAAUCUUAAGUUGUUAGUAGUGGAUAUUUUGAAUCCUGUCUGUUAAAUUGGACCUCCUUGGUGCCAAAAUGGGUUGUUUCACCCAGAUUUUUGUAUAUUGAAGAGUUUUGCAAAACAUUUUUGUGUUGUGAGAUUUAAAAGCAGCAUUUGCUGUGCGCCACAAAAUAACGGAAUUGAAACCCAGUCAGAUUAAAGUUGGCCUAAGCAAUUUUGACCACCAGGGGAAAGAAAGAAUCACAAACAAACUCAAAAUCAAGCUUAUCCCUUCUGGCUAACCUGUAAGAAUAUUAUUAACUACUCACACACCUAGCAGACAGAGCGACACAAGGAUCCCAAAUGUUUAGGACAAGUUGAGUCCAGUAUUUACUGGUGAAUUUAGGUUUGGUUGACAAAUAAUUUUGUUUUUUUCCCCCCAUGAAAUUGAAAACAUUUUUACCAGUCACUCUGUCACUUCAGCUUUUUGCAGUUUCGUACUGGGCAAGGAGGGGAUGUUUAUCACGCCUGGGCUUGGUAACUGUAAAUCGUAUAUGAAAAGGAAGCUUUGAGAACCAAACAUUUAGUAAACUUUCAGGAUACAGAUUUAAAACAAAUCAACACUGACACAGCUGCGGAGUUCUGCUGUGCUGUUAACUCUCAGUGGGCACUACUGUCAGGUUUAAAUAGUCAAGUUGCUAAAUUAAUGCAUCAGUCCAACUUCAGUCUACACUUGUGAAUGUUUUAAAUUUAAAAUAUGUAAAUUUCAAUCAGUCAUAAGGGGAGUGCUGAAAAUUGUAUUUUGUGUAUGGGUGUCAGAAGUGUGUUUAUUUUGGUAAUGCAUGCAGCUUGGUCUGUAAUGUGAGGUCUGUACACCUGAGGCUGGAGCUGGCUCUGCACUGUUUGUUGACAGUUAGGGCUUCGAUGGCCCAUGUCCACCUCUGGGCCGUUGAUAGUUGCUGAGAGUCCGCUUUAACUGUGAAAACCAUUCUGUAACCUUUACCCUAAAGGAAAAAAAAAAGUAACCAUGUUGGAUAUGAUUGCAGAGUCUUCUGCUGUGCCACUUUUCACUAACAGUACAUUGAGGAUUCUUCAAAUAAGUUUGCAGCCACACCAUAAAUGUGCAUUGUGGAGUGACUUUCACAGGAAUGUGGGACAGAAAGCAAUAGAAACAGAAGCUGUGAGAAUAGUUAUCAGAAGGGAGAGAUUCUGUAUUUAACAUAACUACAAACAGAGUUUAUGUUUCGCAUGUGUAAUGUACCUGUAUAUAAAUAUGUAUAGUGUGGAAGUAAGUUACAGUGAGAUUGUUUUUACUGCAUAGGAAUGUGGUGAAUGCAUUGAUUCUAGUGCAACUAUUAUA